ACGCAGCCGGGGACGCCGCUGCCUCAAGGCGCUCGCAGCCAAUCAGGAUGGAGCCUGCCGGGACGCAUUACAAGGGCGACUGGCCCGAAGCCUCCCGCUUCGGGAUGAAUUAGCGGCGGGUUCUGCACGGAGGUUGUGACCCCCAGGGAUUCCCCAGUUCGCCCACGCGCUCCCCACGGCGUCGCGCGUGGUCCUCUGCUGGUCACAGAAUCAUGGUGUCAUGGAGAGGGAUAUACUUUAUACUCACUCUGUUUUGGGGAAGCUUUUUUGGAAGCAUUUUCAUGCUGGGUCCCUUUUUACCUUUGAUGUUUAUAAACCCAUCUUGGUAUCGCUGGAUCAACAACCGCCUUGUGGCAACCUGGCUCACGCUACCUGUGGCAUUGCUGGAGACCAUGUUUGGUGUAAAAGUGAUUAUAACAGGUGAUGCAUUUGUUCCUGGAGAAAGAAGUGUCAUUAUCAUGAAUCAUCGGACAAGAAUGGACUGGAUGUUCCUGUGGAAUUGUCUGAUGAGAUAUAGCUACCUCAGAUUAGAGAAAAUUUGCCUCAAAGCCACUCUCAAAAGUGUUCCAGGAUUUGGUUGGGCCAUGCAGGCUGCUGCCUAUAUCUUCAUUCAUAGGAAAUGGAAGGAUGACAAGAGCCAUUUUGAAGACAUGAUUGAUUAUUUUUGUGAUAUCCAUGAACCACUUCAACUCCUCAUAUUCCCAGAAGGGACUGAUCUCACAGAAAAUAGCACGGCUCGAAGUAAUGAAUUUGCUGAAAAGAAUGGACUUCAGAAAUAUGAAUAUGUCUUACAUCCAAGAACUACAGGCUUUACUUUUGUAGUAGACCGUCUAAGAGAAGGUAAGAACCUGGAUGCUGUCCAUGACAUCACAGUGGCAUACCCUCACAACAUUCCCCAGACAGAGCGGCACCUCCUCCUCGGAGACUUUCCGAAGGAGAUCCACUUCCACGUCCACCGAUACCCAGUGGACACCCUCCCCACAUCCCAGGAGGACCUCCAGCUCUGGUGCCGCAAGCGGUGGGAAGAGAAAGAGGAGAGGCUGCACUCCUUCUAUCAAGGGGAGAAGAAUUUUUACUUUACGGGGCAGACUGUCAUUCCACCUUGCAAGUCUGAGCUCAGGGUCCUUGUGGUCAAAUUGCUGUCCAUACUGUACUGGACCCUGUUCAGCCCUGCAAUGUGCCUGCUCAUCUAUCUUUACAGUCUUGUUCGGUGGUAUUUUAUAAUCAUCAUUGUCAUCUUCGUGCUGCAGGAGAGAAUAUUUGGUGGACUGGAGAUCAUUGAACUUGCAUGUUACCGUUUUUUACACAGACAGCCACAUUUAAAUGCAAAGAAAAAGGAGUAAGAUUGUAAGGUUCACAGUGUAAAAACCUAGGGGAUAUUUUGGAAAUGUUCUAAGCUUUUGUAAACGGAGAUGCGUUUUUGCAUGACUAUGUCAAAUAUUUCUUACUAUCGUCAUUAUUUGUUAAAGAUAUUUUGCACUUAGUUUUGUGGGAAAAUAUUGCUACACACACGAUUUUUUUUUUUUUUUUUUUUAUAUCUCUGAAUGUAAUUUCAACACUGUGUAGCAGGGAGCGAUUGCUGUGAAAUAACUUGGGCCAGAGUAUUAGUAAACAAUCAUCAGGCUGUUAGCAGACAAGGUACACACAAGAUCUUCUUAAAGGCCCAAUCCUGCCUCCUAAGCAACUCCCCAGACAGGAGGCAGACCUGGGGCUCCUGAGCACUGGCCCAGGUCAAGUGCUGGCACUUGACCGUGGAGGUGAGGGCCCUUCCUCCUGGCUCCCUCUUGGCCCUGUCCCCGCACUCCUUUCUAUGCCAAUCAAACCCUUGCAUCCUUCCUUAAGACCAGAAAACAGAAACCCCUCGUCCUUAAGCUGAACAAACAUUUUAAUAGGAAGCCCUUCAUUACUCAUGAAAUCUUGGCAUUUAGCUGUGCACAGACCUAGACGUCAGAAGACCACCGGUGCCCUUUUCUCACGUGGAAAAUAAGAGCUGGACAAGUCUCAGGGAGCAACCGCAGGCUCUCCACUCAGAAACCUUAGUUUGAAUUUUUAAAGCUAGGAAUUCAUACAGUUUAGUUCUUCACUUCUGUGUAACCUUGCAUGUUUAGUGCUGGUUUCUUUACACCUUGUUAGCAGGUGUAGCUUUUCUGCAUUAUAAACGGUAUACAUCAAGUCACUUACCUUUUUAAAGGAAAGCGUAGAAGAACGUUCUCUUAUUGCCAUCAGAAACUCUCUUUUGAAGUUGUGUCUUGGUUAAAAUAUUUCUUUAAAACCUGCCACAAAAAGGAAGGUUAUUGUAUUUUCUACAUGUGCGUGGGUGUCUAACUUCUGCCACUAAAUCAACAGCAGCACUUGCAGACAGGGCCGUAAUGGUUUAACCUAAAUUAUUCAAUCCCUGUAGCCUUGACAAGUUUUAUUCUUAAAACCAAAAUGGUCACACAAAAAUGAAUCCUUUUUUAAUGAUGGUGAGGGAUCUCUCUCUCUCUCUUUUUUAGUCCCAGGUUUCCUCUUUCAUUAGUAAAACCCACUUUUGACCAAUUGUUCACCUAAAUAUUCCUGUCAUUUGGAGUCAAUGGAAAAUUCAGCAAGUCAACAGCACCAAUCUGCUUCUGAGGCAAAAAAGAAAUGUGUGGCCAUUGUUUCCACUCCACUGGAGCCCUGCAGCUACUUUUCUUCUUUUUUUUGGUCCUAAUGGGAAUGCCGGUCAGAGCAGCAGAAAAUAUGGGGCAUUUAAACGUCUUUACUGUUAAAAAACCUGUCCGCUCAUUCCUGCCUUGAACCAGCCUCAAACACUGUUUCUAGCUUUGUGUACUCUUGGCUGUACAUCUCCUUUGUGCUGGACGGUGACUUCCGCCGGCAGCGGACACCGGCAUCGCCCUGACAGGCACGCACGCUGUGAGCUAGACUUACCCAGCAGACUCUUCCGCUUUCAGAAAGCCACCGCAGCACUCUGUUGGCAUACCGUUUCCACUGGAAGAGAACUAACUAGUGCCUCUGCUGAAGAGCCCAGCCUGUAUUUAACUACUCCCCCAAGGCUGUUUUUAAUCCUGCGGGGCUACUAAUUAGUUAUUAGGCACAUCUGCUCCAGACCCAGCUUCCUUGGUUUCUAAGGUGGUUAUUUUUUUAACCCUUUUUUUUUUCCCCCCUUAAUAAAAGAGGUUUCUAAUUUAGGUCUCUCUCAGGCUUCUGGUUAUAUUUGGAAAUAAGAAAUAGUUUAACAAUCAGGAUUGCUUUUGUCCUGGGUCAGAGAGAAACGCUGAGUUUUCUACUCCACAGGUGUUUGUAAUGUAGCGCGGCUGCCCUUCCUCCAACUAACUGCUCACGGCUCCUUGGUUCGGGGUCUGGCUUUAAUGGCGAGUCCUCUUGAACCCUUUGAAACCUGUAAAAGGGGAACUCUUCCUUUUUAAAACAUGUUUUCUUUUGAUCGUAAAAAACAUGUUUAAGAUAAAACGCAAACUCUUUUUUAGUACCCCGAAUUCAUAAGCACUGAAACUGAGACAUUGUACUUCUAAGAAUUAGAAAUAACUUCAAAAAGAAAAAUGUUGCCUUUUUUGGUCUCUGGUGUGGUUUUUUUGGUUUGUUUUGUUUUGUUUGCAAUAAGGCUUCUUUUAAAAUUGUAAUCAUUUGUGUUUUCCUACACAACUUUUUCUUCUCUUAUUUAAAGAAAUACACUGUCCAUGACUUGGACUCUAAAAUUGAUAGUGUCAGGUAGAGGUUAAUGCAGCUCCAGUACUGCGCUUGGCCUCAGCUGUGACCCCUUCCCACCUCCCAGUCUCGCUCUGGACUCUGCAGUCGCCCGUCUGGCGGCAUCUGGACUCUCACCAGUCCAUCCAUAGGAAACUCAGUGGAGUUUGAAAUGUUUGCAGUGCUGUAUGUCCAUUUGUUACAUCUUUACCAUUCAGACAAGAUUUAAAUAAAGCAAGUGUGGUUUACCUGGGACAUGAACCAUUAUACUUAAAAUAGGAACCUGCAAGGAAGGGCACUGAUUAGGUCACAAGUUUUCCCACCAGGCCUCUUUGAUGAAACAAGCCAAAGUCAUUGUAAAAUUCAGUAGAAGAACAUGGUAAAAGACUAAAAGAAAAAUAAAUGUCAGAGCCCAUAAUUUAAAGCUCUUAAUAAAAUUCUUGUUUGUUAGGCUACUAAAACACAGACGGGGAGAAAUCCCAGCUUCCACUUGAGUCACUUUGAAAUUAGUUAUGUCCAUAGCCCCACGUCAGACGUCGUCCAUCAGCAGCUGAGACUGAACUCGCCAGGAGGGGAGACGUUCCCAUCUCACCCGGACUUCAAGCUCUGGCCUGACCACGCUGCCCUUGUGCACUUUUAUAACAGAGACUAAUGGAGGGAGCCUGUUGGUAUUAAAUUGUUUACAUUUCUUUAUAUAAAUAAUGUGCUUUCAGUGCCUUAGUUACGGGUCCCUUUCUUGUUCCAAGAAUUCUUCAAUGUGUCUCUUAGGUAAAAGUCUCUUUUUGCUAUUCACUGGGAGAAAAAUGGUUUCUAAAACACUGGUCACUGUGGUCAAUACUACUUUGUGAUGACAUCUGGGAAAGAGAGCUUUAUGUGGAGGUAGCGGUUGCCUCAGGGCUAUUGUUUAUGUUGCAGAAAUGCUCUUGUCACAUGAUGAGCUUCAGAUUAGGCAUGGCCCUAAAGUUGUCUUGUGCUGACCUUAAAUUCUUAUUUCAGAAGAGAAUCUUGGGUCUGGUAAUUCAUUUUUUAAAAGAUCAUGUGCAAAAACACUACGUUUUAAAAAUAACUCACAGAAUGGCCUUAGUUUUUUAUGUCCUGGUAUGUUUGUGAGUUGUGUUCUCUGUAGUAUACAUCCCAGAAUAAAGUGGAGUGAAUUCAAUAGUUUA